AUGGUUUGCGCCAAGUGCCAGAAACUCAACAAGACCACCCUCGCCACGCCCGGGGUCAAGAAGAAGGCCGAAAUGUAUUAUGGCUCCGCGGCAUCAUCAUCUUCUUCAUCGGGCGCGAAGAAGUCGGCCACUCUCGGGCAGACAGGAAUCUCAAAAAGCAAACUGCUUUCCAAAGCGGCCAAGAACCCCUACGCCCAGUACUCGAGUUCUUGCGGCCGGUGCAAGACCAAGGUCGCUCAGGGACACACGUACUGCAACCAGUGCGCCUACCGUGAUGAUGCGUGCCACAUCUGCGGCAAGCCAAACAAGAAAAAGACGGCCGUGCCGACUGUCGACGGCCAGAAGCGCACUUUCAAGUGA